AUGCCGGAGGAGCCCAUGACGACUGGGACCAUGACGGCAGAGACCAUCCCACUGGGACAGCAUUCUCACGCCCAGUCCCUCGACCUCCUCACUCUCCGCACAGAGAGCACCGUCUUCAGCCUCGCCCACACCGAGUCCCUGUGGACCACUGCCCCCCCUCCCAGAGCCUUCGAGUUCUACCGUCACGCAAUCCUCCUCAUGUCCACUGGGGGCAGCGUGCUGCUGGUGGGCUUGGUGUUGAGUGGCCUCUACUUCGCUGGAUUCUCCAAGUUCAGUGGCAUCAUGGGCCCGGCACUCCUCUCCAUUGGUCUGAUGGUGCUGAUGGUGGGGUUGGUUCUCAUCCCUGUCACCCGGGAGAUGAAGAAGCACGCCAUGAAGAAGCUGUACACUUGCUACAAACCACAACAAAUCCAGUUAUGA